ACUUGAGCUGUCCUGGUCAAAAUUAAAUAUUACCGAGCUUUAUACCUUUUUACGUUUCUCCAUUUCGUUCAGCUGUUUAUCAGUCGUAGCGUUUUAAGUUUAAGGGUGCAGGAGUCGAGCUAGCAAGCUAACAUUAGCCCAGAGAUGCUAAAAACAAACGCGUCACAGUUACUCGAUACAUUUGUUUAUCUUCACACGAUCAGCUCAUCAGCUUAUUUUAUGUAACGUUAAAGACGCAGUAAUAAAAAGGAAAACAUAUGUAUUUUUCCGCAGUUUUUAUUUGUUUUGGUUGGUAGUCUUUUAAAUGUGUAGAAUUCUGCUUCUGUUCUGGUUCUGUUGCCCUUUGCACGACUUAUUUUUAACAACAACGAGUGUUUAUGUUGAAUGCAUAUGAAUGCUUUUAAUAGGAUAUUAGUUGUAAAAUGCUUUUACAGUAAUUGACAAUAUACUGUACAUGACACGGGCUUUAACAAAGAUGUACAAAUGUACAUCUUAUACAAAUAUUGUAAAUGUUAAAAAUUGUAUAUGUAAAAAAAUAUUCAUGUUAUGGCAAAGAUGCAAUUUUAGCAGUCAUUAUUAAUCUAGUCUUGAGUCUCACAUGAUCCUUCAGAAAUCAUUUUAUAUAGUUAUUAAACAUGUCCCCUUUUCCUCUACGGCUUUAAAGCUUUAAAAUGUCUUGUUUACUUCUUGUUGGGAUGAAUAAUCUCUACAUUUAUGCCAAGACUAGUCGUUUCUUUUGUGUUCAUUUUGAUACAUUUACAUAUUCGAUGAGGACAAUAACCCACAUUUACUUUUGUUUGUGGACAAACUAAUGUGUUUUUCAUUCUCCUUGCCAAUGCUAAAAAUGGAAAAGAAAAGGAUGGCAGAAACCGUUGAUGGUAAAAAAGAGGAUGCCGACUACAAAAGAGUGCAAAGCUUUCCGCUCAUCCGGCACACAGAUAUGCCAGAGGAGAUGCGCGUGGAGACUAUGGAGCUUUGCGUCACAGCCUGCGAAAAAUUUGCCUCCAACAAUGAGAGUGCUGCCAAGAUGAUCAAGGAGUCCAUGGAUAAGAAGUUUGGCAGUUCUUGGCAUGUGGUGAUCGGUGAGGGGUUUGGGUUCGAGGUGAGCCAUGAAGUCAAGAACCUGCUCUACAUGUUCUUUGGGGGAAGUCUGGCCGUGUGCGUUUGGAAAUGCUCCUGAUGCUGUUUCCUGCCACACAAUAGCCACUGUGAGAUAUUUAUACCCACGGAUCUGUCCUAACUAUGCAGCCCUAUUCGACUUGAGAUGCGCGUGUGUUUGUUUGUGAAAUUGGAGCAGGAAAAAAGGAGACUGUUUCUUGUGCACUUCUCCAGAGCACUCUUUUCCUGUCUUAUGUUUUAAAGGCUUACAUUUUAAGCCAUAAGCACAGAAUUUAAGGAGUUUGGUUAACUUUUCUGAAUAUUUUUAUUGAACCUAUGGAGUUUAUUGCAACUGACUGCUGGACCUAAUUAAGGGAAUGUUUUAUUUCUUUCCUCUUCCUGUGAUAUUUACUUUUAACACAAUGGUCUUAUUGUGUGCAAUUCACUAUAGCAUGUUAUUCCAAAGAAAAUGUUUGCCUCUGUAAUCUUUCAUCUAAAUGUAUUUACUUGCCCAUACCUACUCUUAUUUAUGGUAAUUAUUUUGGAAUCCAUCUUAUUUUCAAAUUCCUCCCUAUUAAUCAUCCAUCACCAUUCUUUAAAAAUAUACAAUGGAUGAAUGAAUUCUGGUAUUCUACACCCACUUUAAUGGCCAGUCAGGUCCAAGUGGAUGAAAGUGCAGUCCUACCCACUUUUUUAACUAAUUAGUUUUUUUUAAAUUCAGAAAUUAACUGUAUUUUUGUUUCACAGUAGAAUUUACAUGGUGUACAUUAUUCACAAAAAAAAAAAAAACUAUUCGCUUUUUAAUCCAUGAUCUUGCUCUUCAUUGGAGAUUGAGAGAGCUUUGCUUUUCUAUUGACUUCACAUGUGUGCUGUUGAAUGAUGUUUGCUAAUAG